AUGACCACCGAUAUGGAGAGUCUGCAGAAUGCCCUCUACCUGGACCAGGUUCCUGAGUCGUGGACGCGGCGUGCGUACCCCUCCAAGCUUGGUCUGGGGCUGUGGUUCACCGACCUGCUGUCUCGCAUCCGCGAGCUGGACACUUGGACAUCUGACUUCCUGUUGCCCUCUGCCGUGUGGCUGGCCGGCUUCUUCAACCCACAGUCCUUCCUGACUGCCAUCAUGCAGUCCAUGGCUCGCAGGAAUGAGUGGCCUCUGGAUAAGAUGUGUCUGCAGUGUGAUGUCACCAAGAAGAGCAGGGAGGACUUCGCCUCGCCGCCCCGGGAGGGAGCCUACGUCUACGGCCUCUAUAUGGAGGGGGCACGCUGGGACACACAG